AUGAAGUUCACAUCCUCGCUCGCUGCCAUCAGUUUGGCCUCCAACGCAUUCGCUGCCUAUGUUGGCUCUACCUACUGGACAACCAUGACCCCAUCCUACACCCUGGAUGGUGCUCUGACUAGCUACUCGGCCACCUUCGGUAUUGCUGUGGAGCCACUAGAGACCAGUUCCUCCGUGACCGCUUCUCUCAACGUUGAGAAGAGACAGGUUGUUUCUCAAAUCGGUGAUGGCCAAAUCCAGGCUACCACAGACACCGAGGAGGAGACCUCCAAAUCCUCUACCUCUACUGCCGCAGCUGUUGUGUCGCAAAUCACGGACGGUCAAAUUCAAGCCACCACUGCCACCACCACCUCUUCGUCCUCAAGUUCCAAGAGCACUGCCGCUGAGGUUGUCACUCAAAUCGGCGACGGUCAAAUCCAAGCUACCACCUCUACGUCCUCGAAGAGCACUGCUGCUGACAUCGUUACCCAGAUUGGCGAUGGCCAGAUCCAAGCCACCAGCAAGUCGUCAUCUACUUCUACUGCCGCUGACGUUGUGUCUCAGAUCACUGACGGCCAGAUCCAAGCUACCACCAGCACCAAGGCCUCUUCUGCCACCACCAGCGGUGUGAUUUCUCAGAUCUCCGACGGCCAAAUCCAGGCAUCCUCGACCGCUUCUUCGAAGACUUCCUCCGCAUCCUCAUCCAAAGCUACCGGAGACUACAUCACCUCCGUCUCCUGUAAGAAGGAGGGUGCUCUGGCCAUGACCUUGAAGGACGGAAUCCUGUACGACUCUGACGGAAGAAUCGGCUCCAUUGUUGCUAACAGACAAUUCCAGUUCGACGGUCCUCCACCACAAGCUGGUGCCAUCUAUGCUGACGGAUGGUCCAUUUCCCCAGACGGAUAUCUGGCCAUUGGCAACAGCACCAUAUUCUACCAGUGUCUGUCGGGCACCUUCUACAACUUGUACGACCAGUCGAUCGGAGGCCAAUGUAACGAAGUUUACUUGAAGGCUGUCGAGUUGGUCGACUGUUAG